UUCAGAGUUUCAUUUUGCGUCUAUGCAAUCUGUGCAUGUUUGCGGUUUUUGAAUUUGAUUUUUGUGAAAUUCGUGUCUCACAACCUUUGUUUUCUGGUCGUGGACUUGUGAAGUGGAACGUCGUGAAUCUUACCAAAGUUUUUCGUUUUUCUUCGUCUUCUGUUUUGUUAAAUUUCGUCAGAUAAAAUGUCUGAACGGUCGGAACGAUCUGAACGAUCUGAACGCUCUGAACGCUCAGAUCUAAAAACUCGUCGACUUCCGACGGAAGAUCUCUCACAUGUCGAAUUCGAGACCUCCGAAGAUGUCGAGGUUGUCCCAACUUUCGAUAACAUGGGUCUCCGGGAUGAACUUCUUCGAGGAAUAUACGCCUACGGUUUCGAAAAACCGUCCGCGAUUCAGCAAAGAUCUAUCAAACCCAUAAUGAAGGGCAGAGAUGUAAUUGCCCAAGCACAAUCCGGAACUGGAAAAACCGCCACAUUCUCGAUAGGAAUCCUGCAAUCUCUGGAUAUUCAAGUUCGAGAAACCCAAGUUCUUGUUUUGUCGCCAACGAGAGAACUCGCCACACAAAUUCAAAAAGUUGUCCUCGCCCUGGGUAAUUAUAUGAGUGUCCAGUGCCAUGUUUGCAUCGGCGGAACCAAUCUGGGAGAAGACAUCAGAAAACUCGAUUAUGGACAGCACGUCGUUUCCGGAACGCCAGGAAGAGUUUUCGAUAUGAUCAAAAGAAGAGUUCUCAGAACUCGUGCAAUAAAAAUGCUCGUUCUGGACGAAUCUGACGAGAUGUUGAAUAAAGGAUUCAAGGAGCAAAUUUACGACGUCUAUCGAUAUCUUCCACCAGCGACUCAAGUCGUUUUAGUCUCGGCUACACUGCCCCACGAAAUCCUGGAGAUGACUUCCAAAUUCAUGACAGAUCCCAUUCGAAUCCUCGUCAAACGUGAUGAACUUACUCUCGAGGGAAUCAAACAAUUUUUCGUGGCAGUGGAACGCGAGGAGUGGAAAUUCGACACACUCUGCGAUCUCUACGACACUCUGACUAUCACACAGGCCGUGAUUUUUUGCAAUACAAAACGUAAGGUCGACUGGCUCACUGAGAAAAUGCGAGAGGCCAAUUUCACCGUUUGCUCGAUGCAUGGUGACAUGCCACAGAAAGAACGUGACAAUAUCAUGAAGGAAUUCCGGGGAGGACAGAGCCGAGUGCUGAUUACAACGGAUGUCUGGGCUCGAGGAAUCGAUGUGCAACAAGUUUCUCUUGUAAUUAACUAUGACCUUCCUAACAACAGAGAAUUGUACAUUCACAGAAUUGGUCGUUCAGGUCGAUUCGGCAGGAAGGGUGUCUCGAUCAAUUUCGUAAAAACUGACGACAUUCGAAUUUUGAGGGACAUUGAGCAGUACUACUCAACCCAAAUCGACGAGAUGCCAAUGAAUGUGGCUGAUCUCAUUUAAUUUAAUUCAAUUCAGUUUGAUUUAAUUUAAUUGUCUUUGAACUUUAAGCCGUGACUCUUUCAAGUUUUUGUCACAUUAUCUUCGUGGUUAAUACAGAUAAGUUAAAUUAGCUCCUAAUUUAAUAAAAUUAUCAGAUAAUUAUUUUGAAAUGAUACAACCAGAUUUAUACAAGUGUAUGAAUAAGAUGCAAGAUUUUCUUUAAGGACCUGUCUGUACAUGUCUGUACAAUAUUGUAAAAUAUCUUUUCUAUGUGUUAGUAAUAAAAUGUCUAGGUAAGCUAAAUUAAAAAAAAAAAA